AUGAGUUUGAAAGGUAUGAAAUGGCAGAUCGUUCAUGGGGCAUUGGCGAGGCGUGUUAUUGUUCGAACUUUUCUUUUCGCCUUGGCUGUUUCGGCUGUUCCUUUGUUGCAUAUUUUGACCGGUGCUAAUUUUGGGGAGAUUCCGCCUGUGAUCUUUCGCGAUUGUGCUGUGAAGUGUGAUUAUGUGAAUUCGAAUGCGAAAGAUUCUCGAGGAUCGUACUUGUUUCAGGGUCAUUUUCUGAAUCCGGUUUGGGUGCCAUUUGUAGGGAUGCACUGUGAGGAACAUAUGAACUUAACGACCAAUGUCGUUAUUGAGUUAAUGGAGAAGAAACUGUUGAAUCACGGUGUGAAAUCUCUCUGCGUUGGAGAGGAAUCGAGCUCCGCCGUCUUGGCAUUGAGGGAUAUGGGAUUCAGUGACGUUAUGGGUGUUGGUCAACGCCCAUUUUUCUCGCUUAGGAGAAAGCAAUUUGUCUACAAAUUGGACUUUAAGGAUCGAUCCUUUGAUUUCGUUUUCUCUAGAGAUCUAGACAGGCAUUCAGCCCCUGCACUUUUGGUGCUCGAGAUCGAGCGUGUGCUUAGACCUGGUGGAAUUGGGGCUGUUAUUGUGGGUGCUACUGGUUCAUUGCCCAAUAAUUUGAUAAGAGCUGCAACCCCAGUGUCAUCUUUGCUGAAAACUUCCAGUGUGAUGCAUGUUCGUCAUGUUAAUAACUCAAUUCUGGUUGUAUUCAAGAAGAAACUCGAAGAAUUUGGGCGUUUGGAGCCUCGCUUUUCGUCUGAAUGUCGGUCUCUCACAAGGAACAAACCUCUAAUUCCUAAAAUGGAGCCUCUCGUGAAGGUAAAACCGGUGGGAUUUGACAAAAAGGUGUCUUAUUUGCCAAAGCUUGUAGAUGCUUCUAAUUGGGAAAAGUUCGUAUAUGUCAAUAUUGGUACAGGGAAGCGCCUGGAUUACACCAACACAGAUUGGUUUCCACCUUCUUAUCCCAUGGAUCGUAGAGAUUUUAACGUGUAUUUUGUCGAUCAUGAUAUGUCUGCUCUCGCCACCCAUAUCCACAAGCCUGGAAUCACAUUUGUUUAUCAUCCUGGCCUAGCUGGAACUGAUCAAACUACCGAUAAUGACAAUGAUACCAACAACGAAGACGAAGAGCCAUACGUCGAUAACAAUGAUUUUGAUUUUCUCUCUUGGUUCAAGGAAACCGUGCAGCAUUCGGAUUUUGUUGUAUUGAAAAUGGAUGCAGGGAAGGAAGAACUGAAGUUUCUAUCGGAUUUGUUUGAAAGUGGAGUCAUUUGCAGGGUGGAUGAACUGUUUCUGAGCUGCAGAGAUGGGGUUGAUGAAGACGGUGAGCUGAAGAGAGACUGUAUGGAUCUGUUCAAGGAUUUGAGGAACAGUGGUGUCUAUGUUCAUCAAUGGUUUCUAGAUGCUCCUUCCUCCAUGAAACUCUGA